UAUUUGACAUAGCGAUAGCAGUAUAUAAGUUAUCUAAUGAUUUUAGGGUUUCAUUUCUUCCUCAGCCGACCACGCUAAUCCCAACCUGACCGGACCAAAACUUUUGAGCACAAUGGCUCCAAAACAGCCGAAUACGGGACUCUUUGUUGGUCUAAACAAAGGACAUGUUGUGACCAAGAAGGAAUUGGCACCACGGCCUUCUGACAGGAAAGGGAAAACAAGUAAGAGAACACAUUUUGUGAGGAACCUUAUCAGAGAGGUUGCCGGAGCUGCUCCUUAUGAGAAGAGAAUUACUGAACUUCUUAAGGUUGGAAAGGACAAACGCGCACUCAAAGUUGCCAAGCGAAAAUUGGGUACUCACAAGAGAGCAAAGAAGAAGCGUGAGGAGAUGUCCAAUAUUCUUCGCAAGAUGAGGGCUGGUGGUGGCACAGAGAAGAAGAAGUGAGCUCUUGUUGCUUAAAACUAAUCUGAGAUUUGUGUUGAAUGAAUAGAGUUGGCAGUUUUGAAUGCUUGUUGAACCUACUUGUAUUAGUGUUUUUUGGAUUUUGAUUGAAGGCUUAUAUAAUUCACUUAUGUCAAGCAUGUUAAUUGUUGCA